AUGCAAAUUAAUCUUCGACAGGAAACUGAAGAAAAAAUGAAUCCUUUAAAGAUCAGCAUUUUAGCCUAUUGGUUUUUCUCUUUUAAAUUAUUUGAAGGACUAAACUCGGUUUUAGGCCUUUAUUUUCCUGUUAGGAUAAGAGACAUAAAAAAUACUGAUUUGUUAAAUCACACUAGAAAUAUACGUAGUAAUGCAUUAAUAAUUAAUUUACUUUUAGUUUUGUUGCAGUUUGACAGCUCAAAUAACUACAAACUAAAAUACCAAGUAUGUGAUAUCAUAAUUUACUUCGAUGCAAAUCUGAAUCUUAACAUAAAAUCCCCUAUUCAUGUUACCUCGGGUUUUGACAGGUGCUUUCUUUUGAUUUAUUAUCUUAAUUGUAAAAGUACCAAAAAAUGCAAUUUGAAGUCAAGACAUAAUGUAAUUUAUUUCAUAAUUUUUGACGGCAUGUUUUUAGGCAGUACAUUAUAA